UUCCUCAUAUCAACUUCCAUUACAAAAAAAACAUGUUUGAAACCUUAAAAACUGAUUUCGAAAUUAGUGAAGAAAUUGGCCGUGGUAAAUUCGGUACAAUCUACCGUUGUACAUCCAAAUUAACUGGUCAAUCUUUUGCCUGUAAAACCAUUAAAAAAAGCCUUCUUCUUGAUUCCACAGACCGUGAGUGUCUAAACAAAGAGCACAAAAUUCUGCAACUUCUUAGUGGAAAUUCUAAUAUUCUUCAAAUAUAUAAAGUUUAUGAAGAUGAUAAUUAUCUUCAUAUAGUAACAGAACUCUGCUCUAGCGAUGAUCUUUACGAUAGGUUAUCUAAUGGAUUAUUUUCUGAGAAAGCUGCUGCUGUUAUUUUAAGGCAAUUGGUUUCAGCGAUUAAUUGUUGUCAUAAAAUGGGAGUGGCACAUCGUGAUAUAAAACCAGAUAACAUCUUGUUUGAUUCCCAGGACAAUUUGAAGCUAGCUGAUUUUGGAUAUGCAGAAUGGUUUAUGGGGAAGGAGAGAAAGAUGAUGAAAGGGUUGGUAGGGACACCGUACUAUGUUGCCCCAGAAGUUUUAUUAGGCAGAGAAUAUAAUGAGAAAGUGGAUAUAUGGAGUGCUGGUGUUAUGUUGUACAUUAUGCUUUCUGGGGUUGCACCUUUCUGUGGUGACACUACAAAAGAAAUUUUUGAAGCAGUUCUAAGGGGAAAUUUGAGGUUUCCAACUAGGAUUUUUGGGUCAGUUUCAACUGAACUCAAGGAUUUGCUGAGAAAGAUGAUAUGUAAAGAUGUUUCUAGAAGAUUUUCUGCGGAGCAAGUUCUAAGGCAUCCAUGGAUCAUUAAUGGCGGAGAAACCAGAUCAACGGCUGAUAGUAAGAAUUGAACCAACAACCUCAUAAAGAUUUUGGACUCCCUUGAUCAUUUGAGCUAUGCUUUUGGACUAUGACAAGAUGAUUCAAAAUAUAAUAUAUAGAGACACAAUACGAAUUGUCUUAUAUGUACAAUAUAAUUUUCAGAUAAAAGGGAUUAUGAACCCCCUUCCGCUCCCCUAAAACCGCCCCUGCUGUGUUGUACAUACACUUGGGACCUUUGUCAUUUGAGGUCUAAAACUUACCUUUUUACUUUUUAGUUCUUGAUUUUGCCUUGUAGUGGAAAAUCAAGAAUCUGAGACUGUACAUAUAUGCGGAUAAUGAGUUCUUCCUAUAUAUGCAAAUGAAAUAAAAAGUUAAGCAAUCAAUAAGGAACCCUUGUGCUUUUUAGAGUUUUGUUU